AUGCUGUCUGCACUGAUUGUCCCCUUCAAAUAUAUGAGUCCAGGUCCAAGCAGCACAGAAGAUGAAGACACACUAAGUACCAGUAGUACGGAGGUCAAAGAGAACUGGAACACGGGGAACUUUGAGGACCGCGCAAUCAUGGCAUCAGAUCGUCCGUCCUUCUUCCUGUCAGAUUCGUCCCGCAGCGGCACGGGCACUCUGAAACGUAAGCGUCCGUUAGAGGAGGACAACAACGGGCGUGUGUGUGAGCUGCGAGUGUGCUGCAGGAGGUCCUCAUGGUCAGACACACCGAAGAACGCCGUGGUACAGCUGAACGAGCUGCGUCCAGGUCUGCAGUACCGCACCGUAUCUCAGACGGGCCCGGUGCACGCUCCACUCUUCUCCAUUGCUGUUGACGUCAAUGGGCUUACUUUUGAGGGAACGGGCCCUACUAAGAAAAAGGCCAAGAUGAGGGCAGCUGAGUUAGCGCUUAGCUCCUUUGUGCAGUUCCCCAACGCCGCUCAGGCUCACUCAGCCAUAGGAGGAGUAUCUAAUCCCGCCACAGACUUCACCUCUGACCUUUCAGACUUCCCAGAAACGCUCUUUAAAGGUUUUGAACCAGACGGUUUUCGUUCAGCCAAGUCUGAGCUGCUCUCUAGCGCCCUCCGAUUGCGCCACACCUUGGACUUGAUGGUGGUACAGGCCAGGCAAGGUGACGCUCGCUUUUCCACACCUCCACCAACACCUGAACUGCCUCCUCCACCAAGCCCCGUAGUGCUGCUGAAUAAUCUGCGGCCGGGAGCACGCUACGCCUGUCUGUGCCAGAGUGCCCGGGGCCGACACGCUCGCCGCUGCUUUGUGAUGGCCGUGCUGGUGGACGGCAGAAUAUUUGAGGGCACAGGCUGCAGCAAGAAGCUGGCAAAGAGAAAGGCAGCACUGAGCGCCCUGCAGGCACUUUUCAACAUCACACAGGCACCUGAGGCAAGAGCGGGUAUGAGCAAGCGGCCUCAUUUACCCCAGGACUUUGCAGAUGCCGUUUUUCAUUUGGUGAGGGAGAAAUACAGCGAGCUGAUUGGCUGCUCCGCCCUCAUGCACGCAUGUCACAAAGGCCUGGCGGGCAUCGUCAUGACUACAGGGCUGGAUGUGAGACAGGCUGAAGUGGUAGCGCUGGCUACAGGCACUAAGUGCAUUAACGGAGAGUAUCUGAGUGACCAGGGCCUAACUGUGAACGACUGUCACGCAGAAAUCACAGCCAGACGAGCGUUACUGCGCUUCCUCUACUCCCACCUGGAGCUGCACCUCAGUAAACGAGAGGAGGACAAGGAGCAGUCCAUCUUCGUUCGAUAUAAAGACUCAUCUUUCAGGCUGAGAGAGAAUGUCCUCUUCCACAUGUACAUCAGCACGUCACCGUGUGGAGACGCCCGCAUUAACUCACCCUACGAGCUCACCACAGACUUCUCGGUGCAGAGCAGCAGACCGGUGGUGAAGAAGUUCCACAGCCAUCUGCGGAGUAAGAUCGAGUCAGGGGAAGGCACAUUGCCAGUCAGGUGCAGAUCAACCAUACAGACAUGGGACGGAGUGAUGCAGGGCGAGAGACUCGUCACAAUGUCCUGCACCGACAAGAUAGCCAGGUGGAAUGUGCUCGGCCUCCAGGGAGCGCUGCUCAGUCACUUUGUCGAGCCUGUGUAUCUGUACAGCGUGACGGUAGGAAGCGUGACACACACCGGACACCUCUCUCGAACACUCAACCAGAGGAUGGAGCGUCUCGGCUCACUUCCUACCUGCUACCAUCGCAACCAGCCUCUACUCAGCGGUCUAAGCAGCAGUGAAUGUUGGCAGCAGCUCAAGGCUUCGUGCUUCAGCGUGAACUGGACUGCAGGAGAUGAGCAGCUGGAGGUGAUCAACGCCUCCGUGGGCAAACGCCAAGACUCUGGAACGCCAUCACGACUCUGUAAACGAGCACUUUUCACACGCUGGAACAGAGUGUACCGCAAAGUAAGACUGGUAGCGAGCGCUCCGGGUUCAAGCAGCGGCCCGCUGACGUACGGCGAGGCCAAGCAGGCGGCAGCGUCGUACCAAAGCGCGAAGGAGCAGUGGGUGCGAGCGCUGCGGGAAGCUGGGUUAGGGACGUGGGUCCGGAAACCGGCAGAGCAAGAGCACUUCAUUCUGACGGUGUGA